AUGUCGGCCUGGGUAGACUUUGAUGUGGGCUCAGCAGCUGAGGAUGGAUAUGAAGUUGGUGUCAGGUAUGGACCAAUGGAGAGAGAGACCAUUCUUUCCCCUGUGAAGUGUCCAGGGAAAGCAGACGUGGUGGCCUUCCUCUCUGAACUGUACGAAGCUGCCUUGUUCAAGCUGCUGUUGGAAUUGUUCAUCCGUCUUCCCUCUGCUGGCCCUGGCAAGUCAGGCCUCCAAGCCAAAGAGCUCUUUUUAAGAGUUCAGAUCCUCUGGAAGCAGCAGACUUAUGUGAUUUCUUUCUGGUGUGGAGGAAUUCAGCUGCUGUUGGAAUUGUUCAUCCGUCUUCCCUCUGCUGGCCCUGGCAAGUCAGGCCUCCAAGCCAAAGAGCUCUUUUUAAGAGUUCAGAUCCUCUGGAAGCAGCAGACUUAUGUGAUUUCUUUCUGGUGUGGAGGAAUUCAGAUUAAAGAAACUGGUGCUAACCUAGCUAUCUGCCAGUGGGGCUUUGAUGAUGAAGCAAAUCAUCUACUUCUUCAGAAUAACUUGCCUGCGGUUCGCUGGGUAGGAGGACCCGAAAUUGAGCUGAUUGCCAUUGCAACAGGAGGGCGGAUUGUCCCACGGUUCUCCGAACUCACAGCUGAGAAGCUAGACUUUGCUGGGCUGGUACAGGAGAUCUCAUUUGGGACAACUAAAGACAAAAUGCUGGUCAUCGAGCAGUGUAAGAACUCCAGAGCCGUAACCAUUUUCAUUAGAGGAGGAAAUAAGAUGAUAAUCGAGGAAGCAAAACGAUCCCUUCAUGAUGCUUUGUGUGUCAUCCGGAACCUCAUCCGUGAUAAUCGUGUGGUGUAUGGAGGAGGGGCUGCUGAAAUAUCUUGUGCUCAGGCCAGCCCCCUUAAUUUCUCUUUUCCAUGUAACAUAACUUAUUUAUAG